GCUAGUUAGCAGAGCAACUGCAGGUUUAAGGGAGCCAAAUUUAAGACUUUUUAAGACCUCUUUUGCUGCCAUCUUCCGUGGCCGCAUGUCCAUGAAGGAGGUAGAUGAGCAGAUGCUGAACAUGCAGGACAAGAACAGCAGCCAUUUUGUUGAAUGGAUCCCAAACAACGUCAAGACCGCCGUCUGCGUCAUCCCUCCCAGAGGUCUCAAGAUGGCCGCCACAUUAAUCUGCAACAGCACCGCCAUUCAAGAGCUGUUCAAGCGCAUCUCUGAGCAGUUCACUGCCAUGUUCAGGCGCAAGGCUUUCCUCUAUUGGUACACAGGAGAAGGUAUGGAUGAGAUGGAGUUCACAGAGGCUGAGAGCAACAUGAAUGAUCUCGUGUCUGAGUACCAGCAGUACCAGGAUGCUACUGCUGAAGAGGAGGGAGAGUUUGAAGAAGAGGGAGAGGAGGACCUGGCCUAAAUUUGCUGUUAUGAAGUUUAAAUGUUUGUCGUACAUUUCUGUUUUUCCAAGUUCUGAUGUACGUGUUCCAGUUCUCAUUUACUUUUCUAUGGCGAUGCCUCGGUAACGAAGCAUAGUGCUCAAAUGUUCAUCGCUGUUUAGCAAUGUCAUGUUCUGAGGGCAGAAUAAAGUUCUUAAGGUGCUUUUUUUGAUCUUUAAUGCUCACGUGCAUUUACACCAGGGAAAUAUUUGGUUUUAUGCUACACUGUAGAUGGUCAACCUCUAAGCACGUCUUUGAGCUUCCCUCUGUCCUGCAACUUCUUGAAUUUCGUAUGGCACCCCCAAGUCUGUUCCUCUUUCCUUCUGACCAGCUCCACCGUCUGUGAGCUUCUGAUUGUCCUUUAUACUGGCCCCUCCUUUUAUAGGCUCAAUUCACCGUAUACCGGUUUUUCUCUUUUUUAGCUUAGUUUUAGCUCUAAUUGGCUUUUAAAAUUUAGUUUGGGCUCAGGAAAAUUUAGAAUUAGUUUUAGGGUGUCCGAAUGAUUGUUAGGUUCAGGUAGGGUUCAAAGGUCAGGGUAGGGUAGGGCAUGGUUAGGGUUAGGAUGGGUUAGU